AGGCAUUUGGCUUGAAUGUGACUUUAGAGAGAAUCCAAUUGGCAUAGUUUAUAAAUCUGCAGCUUCGGAUAGGAGCUCGAGUGUGCCUGACUGUGCAAGCUGUAACUUGAAAAUGAACACAAUAUGGUCUCGCAUGAAUGCUAUGUUUGCAUUCUUUCUCAGUGUGUUGUCUGCUGUCACAUUCAUCUGCUUCCUUUCAACCUUUUUCAAUCCCUACACAUCAUCACUUGAUAUAAAGACCUUGGAUGUCUUUGUAAGGAAUGUGGCUGAUUUCAGUGCUGGGAGAGACAAGAAUGAUCUGGGAUUCCUUCGUUUCAAUCUUAAAGCAGAUAUCCUUUUCAUUGACUUUUUGACUGAUCUGGUGUUGCAAAAGCCAACUCUGAAGCUUUUAGACUUUCAGUCUAGUUGUUGUUUGGAAAGAAGCAGUAUGAACAUUGAACCAGGACAACUAUUCAUCUACCUGACUGCUGAAUACAAGACCAGUACCAGCAAUUUUGAUCAGGUUGUUCUCUGGGACAAAAUCAUACUUCGAGGGGACAAUGCAUCAUUUGAUCUCAAGCAGAUGAAUACCAAGUACUAUUUCUUUGAUGACGGCAAUGGACUAAAGGGAAAUGAUAAUGUGACUCUGACUUUGAGAUGGAAUGUGAUACCAAAUGCAGGAUACCUGCCAUUGACCACUGGAUCUGGAAGUCAUAGUUUUGCUUUUCCCAAAUCGUAUCAUCAGACACAGGCCCCAAAGUGAGGACUUCAUCAGAUCAGUGAAGAUGAUCAUGUAAAGUUCUGAGUUCGGAAAAAUACCACCUGGUUGUGCAUUUCCUGGAAUAAAGAGAGAAUUGACCUGAUCUAAUUGUGAGCAUCAGUUGCUAUAUCUUUGCUUGGUUGACAGGUUUUUUGGCAGAAUGUAAGGCUUUUCCCUCUGUCCCAUGGAAAUAUACUGUUUGUCAUUCA